AUUCGUCCACGUUCCGCGGUGAACUCAGGGCGGCCACAGACGUCUGCCCAGAGGACUCUCGCAGAGGAGGACGAAGAACGUUUCGGUCGAGUAAUCUACAUUUGUCGGUCUAGUGAUGGAGCCUAUUUCGAGGUAAUCCAUGCAAUGGCCGGUAACAACGGCUUUGAACAAGCGUAUCGUACGAAGUGCGACGGUGACCUCAAGCCGCUAGCUCUUCCAGACUACCUGGGCCCUCUUGUGAGUCAUUUCUUCACAUUCGGGCUAACGCAGCUUCUUCGCACUUAUGCACUGACCGGAUGGGCAUAUAGUCUGAAUUCAUGGAGAGGUUUACACGUUCUAUGACGUCUUUUGAUUUUGAUUGUCUGUAAUGCAUCAUUGUAUGAGCAUUGCUUGUUAAUUGGAGGAUGCAAAGGAUUGAGUCUAUCAUUGGAUAUAUGAUCUCCGUCUUGCGUUUCUUUGCCCUGUGUUGCUUGUUGUCUUGUAUUUCACACGUCGCCCCAGUUGAUCUGUAUAACAACCGAUCCAUUCGCUGCCCUUUGAAAGGUUAUUGGCUUACCUGUACAAUAGUAGUUUGUUUGUGUUUUAUAGUACGA